AUGGGUUUUUGGGAUCCGGCCCUCUGGCUUCCACGGGAUGUCGAAUGGCAUCGGAUUCCGCCACAAUUCAAAGAUUUGAUAUAUCCAAUCUAUUUGGCCAUACCAUUAGUCAUAGUCAGAAUUUUAUGGGAAUCGUUUGUGGGUGUUCCGUUAGGCUAUAUGCUUGGCUAUUAUGGCAACAAGUCAAAACUUCAAUAUUUGGUGACUGAUCAUUUGUUUGGCGGAUUUGCACGAAAUUCACGACCCAAACGUGUAUUAGAAUGUUUCUGGAGAUUCAGUUACUAUCUAAUGGCAUUCAUAUAUGGAUGUAUUGUCUUAUGGGAUAAGAGUUGGUUAUGGGAUGUUAAGGAAUGCUGGAUUGGAUAUCCAUUCCAUCCAGUACCUAACUCUAUUUGGUGGUACUAUACGAUUGAAACAUCUUUCUAUUAUUCCCUGCUGAUUGCAUCAGCUUUCAUUGACGUACGUCGAUCUGACUUCUGGCAAUUAAUUAUUCAUCAUUUUGUAACAAUUGGUCUAUUAGCUACUAGUUGGACUAUCAAUUUUGUAAGAGUAGGAACUCUUGUUUUGAUUUCUCACGACGUCGCUGAUAUUCUGUUGGAGGGAGGAAAACUGACUCGAUAUGAUAGAAACAAGAAAACAUUAACGAACGUGGCUUUUGUAGUAUUUCUUAUUGGAUGGAUUAUCACUAGACUCGGAUAUUACCCAUUCAUACUUAUUCGAUCAGCUUUGUUCGAAGCUGCUAACCUCAUUCAACCAGAUUAUGAUCUUCUCGACUUCACAGAGGUUCCUUAUGUGCCACGGUUUAUUAUUUUGCUUCUAACGAUUCUACUUGGAUUACAUGUUUUAUGGACAUUCUUGAUAUACAGAGUCGUUGUUAAAGUUUUGACUCAAGGAGCAGCUGGAGAUGUACGAUCAGAUUCUGAUUCUGAUAGUGAAAACAAUGUUCAAGAAACUCGUAAGAAGUUAUUAAAGAAAACAAAGAAGAGUAAUGAUACAUCAACGGAUUCUGAUGAUGAGGAUGUUCAGAAGGACAGUCACGCAUCUAGUCGUCGACGACGUGUUCGACGUGAAUGA